CAUAUAUCAUAACAACCUAAUAACCUUGAAAACCAAAUCAAACACAUUCAUCUUCAUCUUCAAGAAAACUAUCAAUCAAUCAAUCAAAUCUUUAAAGUUGGGUUUUUUUUAAUCCCCAUCAAAAAUUAUUCUUCAAUAAUAGCAAUAAUAAACAAAACAACAAUGGAAGAUGGUCAAAUAAAUGGAGGAAUGUUGUACCAUGAGGUACAAGAAUCAAAACUAUGUGCUGUUCAUUGUGUGAACACAGUGUUACAAGGGCCUUUUUUUUCGGAAAUUGAUUUGGCUGCUUUGGCUUCUGAUCUUGAUCAAAGAGAAAACCAAAUGUUGUCUCAAGAUUUUGUCUCUCAAGAAUCCCAUAAUGUUUCCAUGGAUGGUGAUUUUAGUAUUCAGGUGCUACAAAAGGCAUUGGAAGUGUGGGACCUACAGGUGAUUCCCCUCCACAGUCCAGUAGCAGAACCAGCUCAAGUCGACCCAGAACUCGAAAAUGCAUUUAUAUGCCAUUUACAAGACCAUUGGUUCUGUAUCAGGAAGGUAAAUGGAGAAUGGUACAACUUUGACAGCUUAUACGCUGCCCCAGAACAUCUCUCAAAAUUCUACCUUUCUGCCUACCUCGACACAUUAAAAGGGUUUGGAUGGAGUAUAUUUUUGGUCAGGGGUAACUUCCCAAAAGAGUGCCCAAUCACAUCUGGUGAAGCUUCCAAUGGCUAUGGUCAGUGGUUGCUGCCCGAAGAUGCUGAGCGUAUUAUUAAAUCCUGCAAUACUGGGCAGCGGCAGCAGCAAAACCGAGAACAGCAGCAGCAGCAGUUGCAGCCACCUAGAACUCUACCAACCGAAGAUGAUGACUUGAAUGCAGCCAUUGCCGCUAGUUUGAGAGAUAAUGGUGGUGAAGUUGGGACCUCUGGGAACGCUCAAGAUGAUGAUUUGGCAGCUGCCAUUGCUGCCAGCUUGAAAGAUUCUUCUCCGGCAACUGUAAGCAGUGAUUUGACUGCAGCAACUACACCGCCCGCCACUCCUGCCACUUGUGCUGAAGAAGGGAGCUCGGAAACUGAAAUUCAGAAGAGCCCUUUACAAGAUAAGUGACAAGAGAGUUGGCUAAUGUGUGUAUUCACAUACUUUGUUUUGUUGAGAAAGACAUUAUUAUACUUCCUUUUACUGUAAAGACUUGUCAGUUUGUUUUACUUGUAUUUCUUGAAUAUAUGAAGACGUUCGGAUAAAAAAUAAGACAAAUUCAUUAAAGUUGUAUGAUCUAAUUAUUUUAAGUUUUGCA